AACGUUUGCAGCACGCUGGGGAGUUGAAGUGACUUUUAGUACUGUUGAGCCUUUUCAGACUUCCCUGUGAAUAAAUAUUUCUAUCCAAAAUUCGCCUCUUGCAAAGGAACAGUCCUCAGCCCGCAAAAUAGACCGAGUCAAGAAGCUUUUGGGUAGCGUUGCGAUUACAUGACUUCCAAUUAAUUAACUUGGAAAAAGAAUUCCAGACUCCUGUUUACAUGUGCGAACCUCAACCUUUCUCCUGGAAGUUGUCUUUCUGUGACUGACCCCAGUUACUGCCGUGGAGUCAGUGGUGUGAAGUUCUGGGUACAUACUGUUUCCUGCUAGUCCCCACGAACCGUUCUGGAAGAUCUUGAACCCUCUCCUGGAAAGGGGUGCUUAUCAUUGCUUUAUGGGGCAGCAGCCUGGAAAAGUUCUUGGGGACCAAAGAAGGCCUAGUUUGCCGGCCCUUCAUUUUAUCAAGGGGGCAGGGAAGAGGGACUCAUCGCGGCAUGGGGGUCCACACUGCAACGUGUUCGUGGAACACGAAGCCCUGCAGAGGCCAGUGGCAUCUGACUUUGAGCCCCAGGGUCUCAGUGAAGCAGCUCGAUGGAACUCCAAGGAAAACCUUCUUGCUGGGCCCAGUGAAAAUGACCCCAACCUUUUUGUGGCACUAUAUGAUUUUGUGGCCAGUGGAGAUAACACGCUCAGCAUCACUAAAGGUGAAAAGCUCCGGGUCUUAGGUUAUAAUCACAAUGGGGAAUGGUGUGAAGCCCAAACGAAAAAUGGCCAAGGAUGGGUACCAAGCAACUACAUCACCCCUGUCAACAGCCUGGAGAAACAUUCCUGGUAUCAUGGGCCUGUGUCCCGAAAUGCUGCUGAGUAUCUGCUGAGCAGUGGGAUCAACGGCAGCUUCUUGGUUCGGGAGAGUGAGAGCAGUCCUGGCCAGAGGUCCAUCUCCCUGAGAUAUGAAGGGAGGGUAUACCACUACAGGAUCAACACCGCCUCUGAUGGCAAGCUCUAUGUCUCCUCGGAGAGCCGCUUCAACACUCUGGCCGAGUUAGUUCACCAUCAUUCCACGGUGGCUGAUGGGCUCAUCACCACGCUCCACUACCCAGCUCCUAAGCGCAACAAGCCAACCAUCUACGGCGUGUCCCCCAACUAUGACAAGUGGGAAAUGGAGCGCACAGACAUCACCAUGAAGCACAAGUUGGGCGGAGGCCAGUAUGGGGAGGUGUACGAAGGCGUGUGGAAGAAGUACAGCCUGACGGUGGCCGUGAAGACCUUGAAGGAGGACACCAUGGAGGUGGAGGAGUUCCUGAAGGAGGCUGCAGUGAUGAAGGAGAUCAAACAUCCUAACCUGGUACAGCUGCUAGGGGUGUGUACCCGGGAGCCUCCGUUCUACAUCAUCACGGAGUUCAUGACCUAUGGUAACCUGCUGGACUACCUCAGAGAGUGUAACCGGCAAGAGGUGAGCGCUGUGGUGCUGCUCUACAUGGCCACACAGAUCUCCUCAGCCAUGGAGUACCUGGAGAAGAAGAACUUCAUCCACAGAGACCUUGCUGCUCGAAACUGCCUGGUUGGGGAAAACCAUUUGGUGAAGGUGGCUGAUUUUGGCCUAAGCAGGUUGAUGACAGGGGACACCUACACGGCCCAUGCUGGAGCCAAAUUCCCCAUCAAGUGGACUGCGCCCGAGAGCCUGGCCUACAACAAGUUCUCCAUCAAGUCAGACGUCUGGGCAUUUGGAGUGUUACUCUGGGAGAUUGCUACCUAUGGCAUGUCACCUUACCCAGGAAUUGACCUGUCACAGGUUUAUGAGCUUCUGGAAAAAGACUACCGUAUGGAGCGCCCUGAAGGCUGCCCGGAGAAGGUCUAUGAACUCAUGCGAGCAUGUUGGCAGUGGAAUCCCUCUGACCGGCCCUCCUUUGCUGAAAUCCACCAAGCCUUUGAAACCAUGUUCCAGGAGUCCAGUAUCUCAGAUGAGGUGGAGAAGGAGCUGGGGAAGCGGGGCAUGAGAGGAGCUGCUGGCAGCGUGCUGCAGGCCCCAGAGCUGCCCACCAAGACCAGGACCUGCAGGAGAGCUGCUGAGCAGAAAGACGCACCUGACACCCCUGAGCUUCCCCACACGAAAGGCCUGGGAGAAAGCGAUGUGCUGGACAGUGAACCUGCUGUGUCCCCACUGCUUCCUCGAAAGGAGCGCGGGCCCCCAGACGGCCCCCUAAACGAAGAUGAGCGCCUUCUUCCCAAGGACAGAAAGACCAACCUGUUCAGCGCCUUGAUUAAGAAGAAGAAGAAAAUGGCGCCAACGCCCCCUAAGCGCAGCAGCUCCUUCCGUGAGAUGGAUGGCCAGCCAGACCGCAGAGGGGCUAGUGAGGAUGACGGCCGGGACAUCAGCAACGGGCCACCAACUCUCACUCCCUCAGAUGCAGCAGAGCCUACCAAGUCCCCAAAGGCCAGCAAUGGGGCUGGUGUCCCCAAUGGAGCAUUCCGGGAGCCAGGCAGCUCAGGCUUCCGUUCUCCCAACCUGUGGAAAAAGUCCAGCACACUGACCAGCAGCCGCCCAGCUGCCAGUGAAGAGGAGAGCGGCAUCAGCUCCAGCAAGCGCUUCCUGCGCUCUUGCUCAGCCUCCUGCAUGCCCCACGGGGCCAGGGACACAGAGUGGCGGUCAGUCACUCUGCCUCGGGACCUGCCGUCUGCUGGCAAACAGUUUGACUCAUCCACCUUUGGGGGACACAAAAGUGAAAAGCCAGCUCUGCCUCGGAAGCGUGCCAGUGAGACCAGGUCUGAGCAGGCGGCCAGAGGCACCGUGACACCCCCUCCCCGGCUGGCGAAGAAGAACGAGGAGGCUGCUGAGGAAGUCUUCAAGGACAUGGAAUCCAGCCCAGGCUCCAGCCCUCCCAGCUUGACUCCCAAACUCCUCCGUCGGCAGGUCACCGCCUCUCCUUCCUCCGGCCUCUCUCACAAGGAAGAGGCGACCAAGGGCAGUGCCUUGGGGACUCCUGCUGCUGCUGAGCCAGCACCCCCCAGCAACAGAGUCGGCCUUAACAAGGCACCCUCUGAGGAGACCCGAGUAAGGAGGCACAAGCACAGCUCAGAGUCCCCAGGGAGAGACAAGGGGCGGCUGUCCAAGCUCAAGCCCGCCCCACCACCUCCACCUGCCUCCGCAGGGAAAGCCGGAAAGCCUGCACAGAGCCCCAGUCAAGAAGUGGCUGGGGAGGCAGGUGGGGCUGCCAAGACCAAAUGCUCAACCCUGGCUGUGGAUGCUGUGAACAGCGACCCCGCCAAGGCUGGCCCACCUGGAGAAGGACUAAGAAAGCCUGUGCCCCCAUCUGUGCCAAAGCCUCAGUCUGCUGGAAAGCCUCCAGGGACCCCCACCAGCCCGGUCUCCACACCCCCCACAGCGCCAACACCUUCAUCCCUGCCCGGGGACCAGCCAUCUUCUGCCGCCUUCAUCCCCCUCAUAUCAACCCGCGUGUCUCUUCGAAAGACCCGCCAACUGCCAGAGCGCAUUGCCAGUGGCACCAUCACCAAGGGUGUGGUUCUGGACAGCACUGAGGCCCUGUGUCUUGCCAUCUCCCGGAACUCAGAGCAGAUGGCCAGCCACAGUGCUGUGCUGGAGGCUGGCAAGAACCUGUACACGUUCUGUGUGAGCUACGUGGACUCUAUCCAGCAGAUGAGGAACAAGUUUGCCUUCCGUGAGGCCAUCAACAAGCUGGAGAGCAACCUCCGAGAGCUGCAGAUCUGCCCUGCGACAGCUUCCAGUGGCCCAGCUGCCACACAGGACUUCAGCAAGCUGCUCAGCUCUGUGAAGGAGAUCAGUGACAUCGUACAGAGGUAGCAGCAGCCAGUGCACGCCAGCCGGAGAUGCUGCAGUCCUCGGGGCUUUUGUGCCCGUAGGAUGGGGGCCAGAGGACUGGGGAGCUGGCAUGCGGGCCAGGAGCUUUACAGAGCGUCAGGCAGAGCCAGGUCUGAGGGAAUUGGCCCUUGUGUUGUGCGCCAGCUGUCUGCACCCUCCCCCAGCCCAGGCACCCCAAGUCACCUUUCCUCACUGCCUGUGUGUGGGCCUCCCGCUCGAAGACUGCAGCUGGCCUGCCAGGCCACCAGGCUCACCCCUGCCCAGUGCCUCAGACCCAGCUCCGAGGUGUGCUCAGAAGGACUGUCCUUUCCAUGUCCUCAAAGAAGAACGUGGUCCUCUGAUCCGCCUUGUCACCAAGGCAUGGAAGUCCCUGGCUUAGGACCUGUCCCAGAGAGGCGGUGUCCAGUUUUCUCAUGUGAAGGAAGCUGUUGAUUUGAGGGCUGUGAGGUGCUAAAGCCAAGGGUCUAGGUGGGUGGGUACUGGAGACAGAGCUGGGGCUGUGUGUUGUCACCCUGGACAGCAAGCUUCAGGUUCAUGGGUGACGGUCGCUGGUUGGCUAGGCCAAGGCUAGUGCUCCAGAGAGCCCCAAAGAUCUGAAUUUCUGAGCAGUUUUCUUCCCCUCUCCUGCCCCUGAAGUCAGGCUCAUCCUCUCUGGUCCUUGCCUGGAUGGCAAGGGUCCCGUUUUCUGGUGUUUUUGAGCACUUGAAAGCUCUGCACAGAAAGGAACAACCACUAGGCACAGACAGCUAGGAAGGACCCCCCAGCCCUGGGCUCACCUGAGCCCUGGCUACUCAGAACUGCUGCCUAACCACCAAGAACAGUGCUUAGCCCAGUGCCCCGGGAGACUGCGGGUGGGGUAGACUUUGCAGGCUUAGCCAGGACCAGAGCAGAGACAGGCGUGGGCGUCUCCUUGACUGACCCAGAGCAGUCAGCUGAAGAGCGGGUGCCUGCCUAGACCUUGUACUGGGCCAGGCGAGACACCGCCACACUCCCUGCUUCUCCACUCGGCUGCACUGCGCUGGCCACGGCCCCACACUAAUUUUUCUGGUAGAUGAUUUCCUCUGGAUUGUUCUUCGACAGUCCUCAUAGCACGUCCCCUCCUUGCCUCCAGCGGCCGUUCUACAGCCCAAGGGAGGCAGUGCCACACUGCCAGCGGCCUUGAAAAGCCAACCCCCCCCAGCCCUGACACCAUGCUCACGAGGUACCGACCCGUCUGUCUUGCUGACAUGAUGCGCCACUAUAUUUUGCAUUAUACUUUGGUAUUACACUUUUUUAAUAGACUUGCUCUCGUAUAAAUGACAUGUAAAUAGCCCACUGCUGUGCCCACUCUGGCACACCGACGGCAUUCCCCUUCUUCUCAGUCCAGUACAUUUUGUUCUGUAUAUGAUUCCGUGUUUUUUGAAUCCAAAUCUCUCUGUAGUAUUUUUUAAAUAAAUAAGUGUUUACAGAA